CUGAAAUGUAGCGCGUUCAAGGGAGGAAAAAAAAUAUCGGAGUCUGCGCAGUCCCGUUGUUCUCGACUCUCCGAACUUUCGGGAGAACCACGGAGGAAGGAGGGGAGGUAGAGAGAAAAACGCAAUUUUUCCUGGUGCAGUCAGAGAGGUGUCUUUUUGUGGAUCAGGAAAAGACGGUCCUGGAAGGUGGUGACAUCCACCAAACUGAGUCGCAAAAGGCCAGCAGAAGAGGAGGUGUGAAGGUAGCUAUGUCGGCUGUGUGGCGUGAGGAAGAUGAGGAGUUCAAGGUGGGAGGAGCCAAAGGAGGCUUGAGAUCCAAACCCCGGUUCUCCUUCACUGAGGUCAAAGUGCUGCUGGAGGCGGUGAAGAGGAACAGAUGCAUCCUCCUCAGUGAGUGGAAAGGGAAGUUUAACCAAGGCGUGUCGGCUGAAGCCAAGAAACAGACCUGGACGGAAAUCACCAAUCAGAUCAACGGUCUGGGAGAGAACCACAGAGAGGUGCGACAGAUCAUGAAGAAAUGGGCGGACCUGAAAUGUGACGGAAAGCGACGCGCCUUGGCCCUCCGGAGCCCCAAUGGGAACAACAUGAGGAAGAAGAACCUGGGCCCCAUAGAGAGGAUGGUGUACAAGAUCCUCAUCAUGAGUCCCAGAGCAGGUGGCGACAGUGAUCUGGAGAUGGGUGAAGAUGAAGAUUUUUCAAAGCUUUACAGUAAAGGCCCACCCCCCAACUCCACCACCUACUCCUACCUCAGCUUGACGGACAGUUCCCACUCUCUACCUGGAGGAGGGGCCUCUUUUGACCUGUCUCCUCUCUCCUCCCCAGAGAAGGAUCUGGAUGGCAACCCUUUCCACAUGUCCUCUGACUUGGACAUGGGUGACGCUGGAGAAUAUGCCUUGGACUUCGAAGAAAACGACGACUCCAUGUUCUUCCUCCCUCAACCCCCACCCUCCGCCUCCCUCACCUCCCUGGACCCCCUGCCUGACAACGCCCUGCUGAGGAUGAAGCCUGUCCACACCUACUCCCGAAACAGCCAGAGCAACACCACCUCCCCCAAACCUCCCCCACCAGUACCCUUUUUCUCCGGGUCCUCCACCUCCUCAGUUAUCCCUUUGGCGUCUGGUUCAGAAACCGCCUCCUCCGCUGCUGCGCCCCCCCCGUCGCAGCCCCUCUUAAGGUCCACCAUUACCUUCUCCCUCCCUGCUCCUUCCUCCUCAUUUGCCCUCCCUCCCCCGCCUUCCUCAUCCUCUACAACCAAGGUCUCUAAACCUGCGCCCUCCAUCGCACCGCCUCCCGCCUCCUCUGUUGCUUAUAUCGCCCCCUCCUCUUCAAUCCUCCCUCCCUCCAGCGCUAAUCGUGACCCUCUCCCGGCCGGAGGGGCCCCCCGCAAGACCCAUGAUGCCGUGGCCCAGAUGGCGUCUCAGGGCCUGGAGCAGCAGCGGGCCAGCAGGAUGCUCCUGAGCUCCGUGUCCCAGUCUCUGGAGGUGCUGGCCCAGUCGGUGCAGCUGCUGGUGGAGAGCCAGCAGGAGUUUGUUCAGGACUCCCUGCAGCUGCAGCGGGAGACGGUGGACAUCCUGAGGGACUUCUCCAACACGGCGCUCACCAUGCUGAGGGACAAAACCACUAACCACCCUCCUGCCCCACGCUUCUGAAACACGGAGAUGUUUCAACAGACAUGUUGCAUCUGUAGUUGUGAGACGUGUGGAGGUCUUCUCCUGCUGGGCUGCUGAAAUCAGGACAAUGUUCGCCCCCAAAGGCACAAACAUGCAGUUUAAGGUUUGUUUCUGUGUUUUCCUCACUUUAAUCGUCUUUUUUUAAAGGUGGCGUUCGGAACUGACUGGAUUUGACCUGAUCACUGAAUGAGGGGAAAUGGACAAAAGAACAGUAAUAUGUCAGUAGAAUAGAAGAGUACUAACCCUUGCUGUGUCUCAAUUUGGAUACUUCUCUUAGUACACUGUGAACACUUCGGCACAUGAAUUUGGACUGUGUAAUGUCUCAAAUGGAACAAGACUGCCGACCCUCAAGAGAAGUUACGAUCUCCGCUGUUCAUUAGCUAGCAAGCCAAGUAGUAGCCAAGAUGGCGGCCGUUGAGUGUGAAACCCUCCGCCCGACAUCUUAACGUGUGACACGACUUCAUGGCUGAUCUUAACCACAUCCUGUUUGUGAUGCAACGGCCACUUGAUAAUAAAAGCAUUAACAUUU